CUUGAUCUCAUUUGCCUGGGAAAAAUACUUAUUUUUUCAUGUUUGUCUUCUGAACAGCACCCUGGGGGGGAAGAAGUCCUACGGGAACAGGCUGGAGGGGAUGCCACCGAGAACUUUGAGGACAUCGGACACUCAUCGGAUGCUAGGGAACUGUCCAAAACAUAUAUCAUUGGGGAGCUGCACCCGGAUGACAGACCAAAGAUAACCAAGCCUGCGGAAACUCUCAUUACUACGGUUGAUUCACAGUCUAGCUGGUGGACCAACUGGGUGAUCCCGGCCCUGUCUGCGCUGGCCGUGGCCGUGAUGUACCGCCUCUACAUGGCGGAGGACUAGCGCCUCGCCCAAGCCGCUGGGAGGAAGGACUGCUCUGGUUCGGGAAGAAGGGCCAGCGCUCGCUGCUUUCACAGACGGAAACCCUCACCUGGAAAGUAAUUUUAAUCCACCCGUUUCCCUCUCCUCCUGCGUUAGAAACAAGCCAAACCAAAAAGAACUGUUCUGUCUGCCCUUGAACUUCCACAGUGUGCCUUCCCCUCUGUCAGCGUUAUUUCAGUGUCCCACGGCUACACGAUUUACUUCUGUAGGCACGGUCUUUCACAAAUACACCUGGCUUUUCAAAUACACCACCCCGUGUGCCUGUGGAUGUGGGAUAUGAUUGUCUUUAAUGUUUCCAACCUCUGAUUGUCUGGGGGGGUCAUUGAACGUGCUGAUCCUUCAGGCCCGUGCGGUCUGCGUGACAUGAGGGGGGAGUUGCCGGUUCAGCAGCGUGGCUUGCAUGCUUCCCGUUUAGUUUCUCUCUCCAGGAAAUGAAGAAAGGCCCUGGAAGUGAUAGCGUAAGGACUUCUGAAAUAGACGAUCAAAGAGAAAGCAGCCUGUAGCACCUAGAAAAGAGCCUGUUUCUCUUCUCUGAUUAACAAAUACUAGCAACGAAAAGCAAACUCCUGACCCAAGAGAGGACAUUACAGCUGUCUCUUCCUUCAGCUCAAAAAUAUCAGUCCAGUGUUUUCAGUUAUAUAGGCUCUUGAGUUUUGAAAAUGCCUCAUUUGGAGGCGAAAACUAUGUAUGUAUAAAUUCUGGUAAGGAAAUGCCGAUUCCCUAACCCAUAAAAGCACAUUUGAAAGGACUGUGGGACAUUUGGGGCCUGGUUUUUGAAGUCAUUGAGCUGUUGGAGGUGAGCCAUGGGGGAUUCUGGCUCAGCUCCCGCUCUGGAAAACUGAGUGACUCAUCUUUGAUGAUUUCCUCCACCCUGUGCCUUUGUCUCUCACAGUGGAAGCUGGGGGGUGAAUCUGUAGAGGCUCAGUCCCCCUUAGUGGCUGUGACUGUGCCGGUUCCCACGGGCAGGCUGGCUGAAAGCCGGGCACCGGGAUCCUUCAGAAACCACUGACACAUUGGGAAGGAGUUUUUUAUUAUUAUGGAGUGUAAGUUUUUAUAACCAUUAGCUUGUUAAAGCGAGAGUGGGGGUGGGGGUGGGGAAGGGUGCUGCAUCACGUGGGAAUCCUUUAUCAGAGUUCAGUAAACGCUCGCCUGGAACAAGGUCACACCUCUUGUGGUGGUCCUGUGGUGCUGACAUCCACCCUGAGCUCCGGGACGUCCACAGCAUUAGCCUGUGGGCUGUGGUACACACGACAUUUUGACGCUCACAUAGCGGGGAUUUCCAUGUCCACUUCCCCAGUGUUUCCUCUGGCAUUAAAGGGCAGUUGGUUAACUGCUCAAGAGGCCUUUUUUUCAGCAUCAUUGUGGUGGGUGUGUCUGCAAAAGGAGCAGUUAAACCUAAGAGAUUCAAGUGAGAAAUGAGUUCUUGCUGCAGGGCUUCCUGUGACCUUGGAACACGCUCCUGUGGACCUUGCUAACAGACCACGUGGCGUUGCCCUGGGAGAGAGGAAAGCUGGUGGGGGGGCUUGAACAGUUUUCUUGAGCACGUUCAAGUUUUAAAAUUAUGCCAGGUGAGGUAUGUCUUCUUUUGGUUGGUUUACCAUUUAUUUAUAUCCUGAAGUUUAGCUGUGGCUUUGCUUUAAGUUUGCUAAUGUACAUACUCAAGAACUUCGUUAAUACUGGAGGUUAUAAUGGUAAUUUUAUUAUUCAUAAAGUACUAUUACUCUGUUAAUGAAAAUUGAGAUGAAUACAAUUUUAUGUACUGUAAUUACAGCUUAAAUGGUUAUUGUGUUUA